CUCUUGCAGAAGUAUCCAGAAUCCACAAUGGCGUCUCACCUGAAGUAUAUCUCCUUGGGGAUCCUAGUGUUUCAGACCACCAGCUUAGUCCUGACUAUGCGCUACUCUCGAACACUCAAGGAGGAAGGGCCCCGGUACCUGUCUUCCACUGCUGUAGUGGCUGCAGAGGUGCUGAAAAUUGUAGCCUGCAUCUUUUUAGUGUAUAAAGAAAACAGCUGUAGUCUCCGUGCUCUGAAUAAACUCCUUCAUGAUGAGAUCAUCAAUAAACCAAUGGAGACUCUAAAGCUUGCCAUACCCUCUGGGAUCUACACCCUGCAGAAUAACCUCCUCUAUCUUGCACUGUCCAAUCUUGAUGCUGCCACGUACCAGGUCACCUAUCAGCUCAAAAUCCUCACCACUGCUUUAUUCUCAGUGUCCAUGUUGCAAAAAAAGCUAACCAAGUAUCAGUGGCUUUCUCUGGUAAUUCUUAUGGCCGGCGUAACACUUGUCCAGUGGCCCUCAGACUCUCCCAGUGCCCCUUCAAAGGAAGUAUCAGUCGGUUCCCGGUUUGUGGGUCUCAUGGCUGUCCUCACUGCGUGUUUCUCCAGUGGCUUUGCUGGUGUCUACUUUGAAAAAAUUCUUAAAGAAACCAAGCAGUCUGUGUGGAUUAGAAAUAUACAGCUAGGAUUCUUCGGGGGUAUAUUUGGUUUGAUGGGCGUUUUUAUUUAUGAUGGAGAUCAGGUCUCAAAAGAGGGAUUCUUUCAAGGGUACAAUAAUCUGACCUGGACGGUUGUGGCUCUUCAGGCUCUAGGUGGAUUGGUGAUUGCUGCUGUGAUCAAAUAUGCUGAUAAUAUCUUGAAAGGAUUUGCGACCUCUCUUUCAAUCAUUCUGUCAACAUUAAUCUCCUACUUUUGGCUGCAAGACUUUGUUCCUACAAGUGUGUUCUUCAUGGGAGCAGUAUUUGUUAUUUCUGCCACCUUCCUCUACGGCUAUGACCCCAAACCAUCUGUAAACCCGAUUAAAGCAUGAAGUCUGCAAUGGAUGCAGUGAUGUAUUGUGCGGAGCGCCCCUUGCUGCUUCCGCAACGAGCAGGGCUGUGCAAAGACAACUAGCCACAUAUGCUGCUGAAAGCAAAGAGACGGCAGGUCACAGCACUGCUGCUCUUUCUAGUGAUGGACUCUUAUUUUAUUUUAACA